AUGUCCUAUGGCCUUACCAAUGCACCAGCCGUCUUCAUGGAACUAAUGAACAGGGUGUUUAAGGAAUUUUUAGACACUUUUGUUAUAGUGUUUAUUGAUGAUAUUUUGGUGUACUCUAAGUCAGAAAUAGAGCACGAAGAGCAUUUGAGGGAAGUUCUGACCGUGCUGAGAACGCAGCAACUGUACGCCAAGUUUUCCAAGGGUGAGUUUUGGCUAUCUGAGGUAGCGUUUUUGGGUCAUGUGGUGUCAAGUAGAGGAAUCACAGUGGACCCAGCUAAGAUAGAGGCAGUGAUGAAGUGGCCAAGGCAGACCACAGUCACUGAAGUACGGAGUUUUCUAGGACUAGUUAGAUAUUACAGAAGGUUUGUCCAAGAUUUCUCUAAAAUAUCUUCGGCAUUAACUCAGUUAACCAAGAAGGGUAAGCCGUUUGUGUGGACAUCAGCUUGCAAACAGAGUUUCCAGGAACUCAAAGAGAGGUUGGUGACAACACCAGUCCUCACAGUUCUAGAUGGUUCAGGGAAUCUAGUGGUGUACAGUGACGCACUAGGAAAAGGUUUAGGAUGCGUGCUCAGGCAGAAGGGUAAGAUGAUAGCUUAUGCUUCUAAACAACUGAAGGAAUAUGAAUGA